GAGCUCUAAACCCACACCCGUCUGAGUCACCCGCACUUCACCAGUAACGCAGCUGUAUUUCAGAAACACGUCAGAAACACACUCGCUUUUAGGAGGCUGACACACGCCUGAGCUUUGGGCGACUAUCUUCAUCCAGGCGCCAGCCACUAGCUUUUCGCAGCCGAACCUUAUUCCCAUAUCAGUCUGACGUUGCCUGCUGCCCUUCUCCUCGCCGAUCGCUACAUAGCACCUGCACCACCUCACUCACUUCCACAGCCUUCACCUCUAGCCUCCUACACCUCCCACUCUCUAUCCUCACCAUGGCGGCCGCACGGAAGCGAAUCCUGAAGGAGUACACCGAAUGCUCCAACGACACCCCACCAGGCAUGAAGAUCAACUUCGACGAGCAGAACAUGACCGAGUGGGAGAUCCUCAUGGACGGCCCGGAACAAUCAGUGUACUCUGGCGGCCACUUCAAGCUGCGCCUCACCUUCCCCAACGAAUACCCCUUCAAGCCACCGGUCGUCUCCUUCAAAACCAAAAUCUACCACCCCAAUGUCUCCAAUGACGACAAGGGCUCCAUGUGCCUGGGCAUGCUGCGCCCGGACGCCUGGAAGCCGCCAAACAAGGUCAUCUCGGUGCUGCAUCUGGUGCGGACGCUGCUGAUUGAGCCGAACGUCGAUGAUGCGAUCGAGGCGAGUAUUGCGAGUGAGUUCAAGGACAACAAGAAGGGUUUUGAAAAGACGGCGAAGGAGUGGGUGAAGCAGUAUGCGAAAUGA